CCGGAUGAGGGAAGGCUUUGGUGUCAGCUGUGAUAUGUACAAGUAUAGUGUAAGGGAACUGUGCCAGAGUGAAACAGUUUGAGGGAAAGGAACUGACUUGCAAACUCGGACAAACUUGCAGCUUCAUCAUGGAAGGACUUAAUUUUUCCGCAAUAACCAGCCGACCAGAAUUGAUUGAAUUUGAAGGUAUCACUAUGACUCAUUACUUCACUGAUGACUGGGAAAAUCUUCAAAAAUUCCAGGCAAGACCAGAUGACAUCCUCAUUGCUACUUACCCCAAAGCAGGCACCACCUGGGUUUCCUACAUCUUAGACCUACUGUAUUUUGGCAAAACAGCACCAGAGCGUCAGACCUCUAUUCCCAUCUUCUUGCGAGUGCCUUUCCUUGAGGCGGUUUUUCCAAAUAUGCCUACAGGGGUUGAACUAGCAAAUAAUUUACCCACCACACCACGACUCAUCAAAACUCAUCUACCUGUUCAGUUGGUGCCCAAGUCCUUCUGGGAACAGAACUGCAAGGUUGUCUAUGUAGCUCGUAAUGCUAAAGACAAUGCUGUGUCUUAUUUCCACUUUGAGCGCAUGGUUCAAAUCCUACCCGAGCCGGGAGAUUGGAACAGUUAUCUACAAAUGUUCAUGGAUGGAAAGAAGGUGUUUGGACCUUGGUAUGAUCAUGUGUGUGGCUACUGGGAGAAGAAGCAGACCUACUCUAAUCUUCACUACAUGUUCUUCGAGGAUAUGGUGGAGAACACUGAUCGUGAGGUGGAGCGUCUUUGCUCUUUCCUCGGUUUAUCUACACCAACAGAUGAGAGGGAGAAAAUUACCAAAAAUACCCACUUUGACGCCAUGAAGCAAAACAAGAUGACCAACUACUCCACACUCCCGGUUAUGGAUUUUUCCAUCUCGCCGUUUAUGCGCAAAGGUAAAGUCGGUGACUGGAAGAAUCACUUCGCAGUGGCCCAGAAUGAGCAGUUUGAUGAACACUACAAAGAAAAGAUGAAGAACACAACUUUAAAAUUUCGAACGCAGAUUUAGGAUGCCAUGAAAACCUCAUUCUUUUUAACAUGUACUGUAAAAAAAAUCUGUAUAUUUUACGGUGAAAUACUGGCAGCUGUGGUUGCCAGAAUUUUACCGUAGAAAAUACAGUACAACACACAAUGCAUUACAGUUGGGUUGCUUAGAUUUUACUGUGAAUAACUUAUGAUUAAUUACUAAAUGAAUAAGGUCCACUGUAAAAUAUCAAAAAUAUCA